AUGUGGCAGCUCAAGAUGGAGGCCAUUCUUGUUCAAGACGGAGUUGAUCUAGCGAUUUACGGAAUCGAGAACAAACCAGAAGAAGUCAAGGAUGCGGAUUUCGCCGAUAUGGAUAAGAAGGCCAGAUCCAGCAUAAUCUUAAACCUCUCCGAUGAGGUAUUGCGUGAGGUAGCAACGGAGACUUCGGCCAAGGCUAUGUGGGAUAAAUUGAAAGCCUUGUAUUCAGGUGGAGACGGAGUUCUCAAAAUCACUCGAGGAGCUCUUGUUGUUAUGAAGGCACACAGAUCUGGUACUUUGUAUAUUUUGCAGGGAUCUACUGUUACAGGUGCUGCUGCUGUUUCAACAUCAUCUUUGUCAGAUACAGACAUCACCAAAUUAUGGCAUAUGCGUUUGGGGCACAUGAGCGAAAAAGGCUUAGGCAUACUAAGCAAAAGGGGACUUCUUUGUGGUCAAAGUACCGGGCCAUUGGAAUUCUGUGAACAUUGUAUUUUUGGGAAGCAGAAAAGAGUCAGCUUCAGUUCACCAGCAAUUCACAAGACAAAAGGUACUCUUGAUUACAUUCAUUCAGAUCUAUGGGGUCCUUCUCGUGCUCCUUCUAAAGGUGGUGCCAGUACACAGAAGCAGGUGGAGCUUGAUAUUGGCAGUUCUGGUCCUUCUCAGACCAAAUCUUCUAUUCAACAAAUGUCAGUAGAUGCACCUGAGUCUACUGUGGAAGAUAGUUCAGAAGAAGAGGAAUAUUCCAUAGCCAGAGAUAGACAAAGGAGAGACAUUCGACCACCACAAAGAUAUGAACAAACAAGCAAGGAGAACUAUGUCUUUGAAGAAAUAGCUGAAGUUGAAAACUCUGCCAACUAUGAUCAGAAACUGAAACUUUGUCUGAAUAUUGGAGGAGUCUUACCUAUAAGAAACCACCUAGGAGGCUGGAGUUCGGCAUUUCUCUUGCUCGCAAAUCAAGGUCUUGCUACAUUAGCUUUCUUUGGUGUCAGUGUAAAUCUGGUUUUGUUUUUAACCAGAGUUCUUGGCCAAGAUAAUGCCUCUGCAGCCAAUAAUGUCAGCAAAUGGACUGGAACAGUUUACCUGUGCUCACUUGUCGGAGCCUUUCUCAGUGAUUCAUACUGGGGUCGAUAUUUAACCUGUGCAAUCUUUCAAGUAAUUCUUGUUCUGGGCUUGGUGAUUGUAUCAUUGUCAUCCUGGCUUAUGCUGGUUAAACCUGUUGGAUGUGGUGAUGGAAUACUAGAUUGUAAUCCCACUACACCAAUUGGCAAUGCAAUCUUUUACUCAGGAAUAUAUCUAGUAGCACUAGGAUAUGGUGGACACCAGCCAACUCUUGCAACGUUUGGAUCAGAUCAAUUUGAUGAGAAUAAUCCAAAACAGAAAUCCUCCAAAGCUGCUUUCUUUUGCUAUUUCUACUUUGCUCUCAAUGUUGGUUCACUAUUCUCAAAUACCAUAUUGGUAUAUUAUGAGGAUACUGGCAAUUGGACACUAGGAUUUUGGGUGUCCGCAGGUGCUGCUGUUGUAGCCUUGGCAUCAUUUUUGCUUGGCUCAUCAUGCUAUCGAUAUAUCAAGCCGUUUGGUAACCCUUUGCCACGUGUUGCUCAAGUAUUUGUUGCUGCAAUAAAAAAAUGGAAGCUUCCUCAAGUUGAUAGUGAUAAACUGUAUGAGGUAGAAGGAUCAGAAUCAGUAAUUAAAGGAAGUAGAAAGAUUCUGCACACAGACGAAUUCGGGUUUUUGGACAAGGCAGCAGUAAUGACAGAAGAAGAAAGAUUUGGCAAGAGAAGUGCAUGGAAUCUUUGCACUAUCACUCAGGUUGAAGAAGCCAAAUGUAUCAUAAGAAUGCUUCCAAUAUGGCUCUGCACUAUUAUAUACUCUGUGGUUUUCACUCAAAUGGCUUCAUUGUUCGUAGAGCAAGGUGCAGUUAUGAAUAAAAGUCUUGGGAAAUUUAAUCUUCCGGCUGCUAGCAUGUCUGCUUUUGACAUUUGCAGUGUCCUACUCUGCACUGGAAUCUAUCAAAGAAUUCUUGUCCCCUUGGCCGGAAGAUUGAGUGGAAAUCCCAAAGGUAUAACUGAGCUUCAAAGAAUGGGAGCUGGGAUAAUCAUAGGAAUGCUAGCGAUGAUUGCAGCUGGUGUAACAGAGAUUGAAAGACUUAAAAGAGUCAUCCCCGGACAACAAUCCAGUUCUUUAAGCAUAUUUUGUCAAGUUCCACAAUAUGUUCUCGUAGGAGCUUCAGAGGUGUUCAUGUAUGUUGGUCAAUUGGAGUUCUUUAACAGCCAAGCUGCUGAUGGAAUCAAGAGUUUUGGAAGCUCCCUUUGCAUGGCUUCAAUCUCGAUUGGAAACUUUGUCAGUAGCAUGCUGGUUAAUAUGGUGAUGCAGAUAACUGCUAAGGGUGACAAACCUGGAUGGAUCCCCGAGGACUUGAAUGAAGGUCACAUGGACAAAUUCUACUUCCUUAUUGCCUGCCUGAGUGCAAUUGAUUUCGUGAUCUACAUUUACUGUGCAAAGUGGUACAAGUGUGGUAAUCCUGAUGAGGAUAACUCAAUUACACAAUCUAACAAGGAGGAAGAUCAAGGUGAAGAUGAUGUGCUCAACAAAGUCUAGA